GCAUUCAACUGAAAACCUUCAUAGACGCUUUACAGAAAAAAAGAGGAAAAAUAUACAAAAAUGUGCUGUUUAGAGUUCAUUGUGAAAUAUGUGCUUAUUAUUGGGAAUAUUAUUUUUGCUCUUCUCGGCCUGGGUAUCCUAGGUCUAGGUAUAGCCGUGCAUGUCAACCUGAAAGACAUCUACCAGCUGAUACCAGUUGGGCUGAGCGCUCUCUCCAUCAGUAUAAUUACAUUAGGAUGCAUCAUCUUCGUGAUAUCUACCCUGGCAUGCUGUGGAGCCAUCAGGGAGUCAAGAUGCAUGCUGCUGUUUUACGCCCUCUUCAUGGCGAUCUUAGCUGGUAUUAAGAUCUACUUAACAGUACUGAUAUUUGGAUUCCUGGACACAGCUACAACGACAGUCACAAGAUGGCUGAUAUCUGCGUUCAAUAAUGAGGAUCUGAGGCCGGCUUACCACGGACUGGAGACUCUGUUCCGUUGCUGCGGUACUACGGGUGCCGGGUCCUACGCUCCAGGCGCGGUACCACAGUCGUGCUGCGCCUCACCCAUCGACAACGUGUGCCAAGCUAACUUCUACGAUGGCUGCAUCGACCAGCUCACCAGCUACUUCGAAACGUUUGGAGAGAGCAUCGGCGCUGUACUGAUCGUCGUUAUCAUCAUCGAGUGUGUCUGCGUGUUGGCCGGCUUGUUCCUGAGCUGUCAAAUCAGAAGGAAACGAUACACAGCAUAGAAAGUGACAACGAAGAUAAAAACAGUAUUAAUAUAACAUACCUAGUUUAACAUUUGAAUAAGACUUCUCAUUUAAUUGUAUAUUAUAUAAAAAAUAUAUAAAAAUCAUUAUGUA